AUGGGUUGUGGAUCAAGUUUUUCGACUUUACCUUCGAUUAAUAAUAAAACAUCUUCAAAUACAAAAAUAACAACUGAUACUUCAAUUAAUAAAUCAAAUAAAUUAUCUUCAAUAAAUCUUGAACAAAAAUUAUUUCGAAAUAAAAAUCUUGAAGAUAAAUCAUUUCGUGAUAAAAAUCUUGAACCAUUUACACUUAUUUGUCUUGAUGAACAUUUUAAUGAAAAUGAUAAACAACUUCGAUCAAUAAUUGAUUAUGUUUGUUGUUUUAAUGAUUUUAAUGAAUGUGAAGAAUUUAUUACUGAUAUUAAUAAAAAUAAUUUUAUUUUUUUUAUUGUUUCAAAUGAACAUUUUACUAAUAUUAUAUCAUAUAUUCAUGAAUUAUCACAAGUUAUUGCUAUUUAUGUAUAUCAAGACAAUAAACAAGAUAAUUAUAGAAAAGAAAAUAUCGAUAAACAUUGGAUAAAACGAUAUUCAAAGGUAAGAAAGAAAAAUAAACAUGACAUAAUUUUUAUUUUUCUCAAAAAAUUGAUUAACCUUUCGAAUAUAAAAAAUUUUUCUUCAUUUACACGAUUAUAA